GGGGGGCUAAAGAAUCAAGAUGGCAUCCGAGGAGAAUACUAUCACCGUGUCAAACAAGGAAUACAAUGUCAAUAGUGAGUUAAACAGUCAUUCAGUGCCCUAUCCUGGUAACAAUUCCCCCAACAAUAAUUCAACUAGUGCGAAUGAACAACUGACAAAUUCUGAAACGUCUGAAUAUACCCACCAUAUCCCCAAAAGUGAUACGAUAAAGACGCCCAGCGGGACGCCCACGAUUUUACCACCAGCGUCACCGAGAAACAUUGUUUUAACCGAAACACCAGUGUUAAGUGAUGAUGGAAAUGCUGAUGACACUAUUGUCAAUAAUACGAUAAUCGAGAUGAUGGAGCCGUGCGAUGUCAGUGGAUGUUUGCAGACAGGUCUUUCAGGAUCAUGCGACGUGCCUGGAAGUGCCUGCAACGACGCGGAAAUGUCCCCUUGUCUUCCUCAAGAGGACGCCUCCGUGGCAAAAUCACCAGUGGAGCACCUCCCCGAGGUCUUCUCGAAUUCCCAAAACACUAACCCUAUAACAUUUGGCAUCGAUCCAAGCCUCGACAGUAAGAUAGUACCGGUUAAGUUGGACGAGUGCAGCAAUGUGUCGAGUAAAACGCCACAAUUGGGCGAGAGCCCACAAACAAGCAAUGACAUUAUAACGAGUCCACGAAGCCCAGAUUACCCGCCGGGAGUGUCAGCUGAUCAUCCAACCUCGACUCCCCCAUUCCCAUCAUCAAACGUCGACAUCUCCAUGGGCACAGCAAAGUACAGCACCUCAGAAUCAAUAAAACGUGAUCCAGAGGUGCAGGGUAAGCCCGACGAGGACGAGAAAAUAAAAAUGAUAAAGCAGGAGCCACCGGACAGGCCGGAGGAGAUUAAUCUACCGAAGCCCCCGCAGGAGCUCACAAGAAUCCACUCAUCAUCAUCAUCAACGACGUCAACAUCCUCAACGAUAACUACUGAGAAGCCCAGCCGAGAGCAUAGUGACAGACAUCGUUGUUCUCGUUGUUACAAACGCAGCAAGAUAAAACGAGCGAGCAUAGGUGUUCAGUGUAGAAGAGACAAGAGCAGCAGUCACUCUCUGAAAGCCUCCCUGAAGGACCACAAAUUCCCAACGCCUCUGUCAGCAGCAGAUGAAAACCUCCGGAUAAAUCUCCAGACGAAGGCCAGCAAGACUCUCAGCAAAUCCAUGAGCAAGUCUGAUCAACUGGAGGGCCUCAAGUACAGGAGAUUCAUCCACAUCGAGACAUACCCCAACGGUGGUGCAACUGUCGUUCACAUGUACCAGGACGAGAUAGAUGUUCUCAGCAAGGAGGAGAUCGAUGAGCUUGCCCACGAGUUCUUCAAAGUAGUCUUCGGUGAGGAUGAGAAUGGAAAUGCAUACAAUGUCAUGGGAAUCGUCCACAAUGCUGCAGCCUAUCUGCCAGACCUGCUGGACCAUAUGGCAAGUCAUUACCCGACCCUGACAGUGAAGAAUGGAGUCUUGGGAAGGAACAGUGACAUCGAGACAACGACGAUGCUGCAGUACAAGGAGCAAGUCUACAAGGCAUACAACAAUGGAACAGUGAGAUAUGGCCCUCUCCACCAGAUAAGUCUCGUUGGCACUGUCCACGAGGAGGUUGGAGGCUACUUUCCUGACCUUCUUCAGCGUCUGGAGGAGGACCCCUUCCUGAAAUUGACGAUGCCGUGGGGGCCGUUGUCAGUGGUGCAAAUGGAGACACCCCAGGAGUCCAAUGACGGUCCAAUCCUGUGGAUUCGACCUGGUGAACAGCUGGUACCCACAGCAGACAUGAACAAAAGCCCCUGCAAGCGCCGAAGAACGGGGAUAAACGAGUUGAGGAACCUCCAGUAUCUACCGCGCUUGUCAGAGGCUCGCGAGUACAUGUUCGAGGAUCGGACACGUGCCCAUGCCGACCACGUGGGCCAUGGUCUUGACAGAAUGACGACAGCAGCUGUGGGGGUUCUGAAGGCUAUUCACGGUGGACAGCCAUACGAGUACAACAGGAUAACCAAGGACGUUGUGGCAUUUUAUGCUGGGGAUUUUCCGGAUCUCGUGGAGAAGCUCCAGCUUGAUCUCCACGAGCCACCGAUCUCCCAGUGUGUCCAAUGGAUCGAGGAUGCAAAGCUGAAUCAAUUGAGGAGACAGGGGAUUCGUUAUGCGAAGGUUAAUCUCUACGACAAUGACAUUUACUUCCUACCGAGGAAUAUUAUUCACCAGUUUCGUACGAUAUCAGCUGUAUCGUCAGUGGCAUGGCACGUUAGACUCAAGCAGUACUAUCCUGAUCCAGUGGUGCACGGCAGCAUAAGGCAUAAUAGAUCGAUACCUGAGAAUACAAUAAAGUUCAAGGAAUUGAAGGACGAGCAGAAGGAGAACGCUGACAGGCAGCACAUGGCGGAAAAGAAAGCCAAGGAGAGGGCUGCCGAGUAUCAGGGCAAUCUGAAGAAAUCGGAUCCUCAGCACGCGAGGAAGAGGAGCAAGGAGGAGCACAAGAGUCGGGAUCACGUGAGGGGGGACAUGAAGAGGAAGGAGUCGAGGGAUGAGGGGGUCACGUUGAAGGAGAGUAAAAGGGCUGAUGGGGAGAGGAGACGGUCUGACAGUGGUAAAAAGCACGAUGACAAGCACAGGAAGUCUGAGAGGCGCUCGUCGACGUCCAGUCGAUCGGAGAAGAAGAAACAUGGGGAGGAGAGGAGACACAGUUCCUCUGGUGUUAAGGAGGAGGAGAAGGCUGGAGAUGGGGAGCAGAUACAGCAGGUGCAGGAGCAGCAGGAGUGCCAGGAUACUGAGGCCCCGGUAAAGACGGUGACACCAAUGACUCUUGACAAAGAUCUGGUGGAGGUCAGACAAUCAGUUGGGAAGAUUUAUGCUACUGAGGUGGUUGAUAAAGCCCUGGAAAUAGCUAUUUAUAAAUCAAAAACAGAUGUUGAUGAGGUCUGUCAGUCACUCAGACUGGGGGUGUCUGAAGCCUCGAAGGAGGUGGUCGAAAAGAUUGAGAGGGAGUGUCGUGAAUUGGCGGUCAACAGGUUUAAUGAUGACUCAAGCAGAUGUGAGAGUUAUUUUAAACUUCUGAAGAAUGAAACUGUCGUGGCUUUCAUGUCUGAGAUGGAGUUGGCCACUGAGAAUGCUGUCAAGGCCCUUGUGGAGAUGGCUGAGGAGGAGGCCAGGGAGCGAGGGAAGAUCGAGCUGCAGGAGGAGCCUUCCGGUAAGGCACCACCUCUGCCACUUCUGUCACCACCACCGCCACCUCCUCCACCACCACCGACGACUCCACCGCCUGAACCCGAAUCACCAGAACUAUCAACGUGGACAGAAGGCUCUAAUUUCCUUUUUACGAAGGGCGAAGAGAGCCCUGACGAUAAAGCUCCGGUCGCAGAAACGAAUAAUCCGGAAAAUUCUGCGGGGAAUCCCGAGGAUAAGUGCGAGGGGAAGAAAGAGGAGAGGAUUGUGUCACCCGUGAGCUCCUCGAAGGAGAAUAGGGACAAGAAGGACUGGGAGGAGAGGCACAAGGACAGGAGGGAUCGUGAUAGAAGGGACAGGGAUCACAAAAGGUCCAACCAUAAAGAUAGUUCAUCGAAAUCUCAUCGAGCCUCGAGUAAAUCCACCACUGGACAUUCCAGCAAGGAUAACAGGAGGUCAGACAAACACAAAAAAGAUUCCGCUAGGAGUCACAGCAAGGACAGACCCAAGAGCUCCAGCUCGUCAUCUCAUCGACGAAGUGACGAGGGAAAGUCACAUCACAGCAGAUCUUCCAGCAGCUCUUCCUCUGGGCACAAGAGAAAAUCGUCGACCUCCACUGGACAAGUACACAAGGAGGAGCCCAAGAGACCAUGUACUGAUAGGCUUGGUGAUGCUAAUGGUGCAACGUGAAUUGGUUCCAUUAAUUUGGGUUAUUUUGUUGUGUAUGAAAGUAGUUCAGUCAAUCAUUCACUUGAUUUAUCUUUUUUUUUACUUUGUGAGAAUUUUUCCGUUAAUGAUUAUUCACAGUGCAUUGUAAAUAUUUUACACGCGAGUCAUUGAUCAUUUUUUUUUCUCGGUUGGAGGUAAAAUCCAGUUAAAUUAUUUAGUUAUCAUUUAUCAUUAGGGAUUUAUAAUUGAGGUUUAGUCCACUUGGCAAAUCAUUUUCCGGUUUUUUGGUUUUAUUACUGUCUGAUUGUGCUUUUCUCAAUGAGGUCGCGAAGGGGUAAAACGAUUUGCUUGGGCAAUGACUAAUCGACGGAACCCUCUUUACCUCCUCGCCAUUGAAUUAUCCUUCUUGCUUGGGAAAUUAAGGCUUUUCCAGUGAUAACAGUUGCACUAUCAAAAUAACACGGUUGAGUGUAGUGAUGAAUGAAUAGGGGGCGAAUUAUGAGAAAGCUUUUUUUUCUAUUUUCGUAUAGAAAUAAUGGGGUCGAAACGAUUGCCCUGUGAAGGGAUUAUUGUUCAGUGCAUCGUGGGACCAAGACUGCGUCCCUUUGGAAAUAUUUAUAUGAAUAUAUAAUUUAUUAAUAUAUGAUUUUAAUUUAUGUCUUGGAAGACUUCAGGGACGUUGUCGCGAUCCCACUUGUCGAUCGAUCGUAUUUUUCACAAAUUCUUGUGCUUCGAUAUAUUUUCCUUUGGUUUGUUUCGAGAAUUGUAGGCAGGAAGAACAGGUCACCUGAUCUUUUGCAUUUUUUGACUGAUAAAAGUAUCAAAAAUAACGACUAGGCGAGGAACAUACAUAUGUACAGUAGUUAACAACAGGAAAAACAACAUAAUCUUCACUAUCGAUGGUAAUUGUUAUUUUACACUGUACACUAUCUACGAACGAAUGUACGAUGGUAAGUUUGUGGAGUCAGUGAUGAUGACUAUGAAUGAUUUUAUAGCUUGAAGUGGAAGCAGAACGCGAGGUUAAAAUUUAUGUAGAUAGUUUAUAUAAGAAAAAAUGACAGAAGUCAGAGAAAUUCGCGAGAGAGCAGAUUUUUAGUAAUCUGGUUUAUUCUGGUACUGGUGAGAAAUCAGUGGAACAAAUUGAUGUUUGGUAUGUACAUUUUGUAAAUAAUUCGAUUUUAUCAAAAGUAGAGCGAGAUAUUUGAAAAACUAUAUGGAAAAUGAAUGGAUAUCGAUUAAUAGAGAUUGAGAUGCGUGAUCUUUGUGUAUGCUGAGCAGGCUGGUACUUUCAUCAUUGUUUCGUUUUUCUUCCUGUCGGGUCAGGGUGGAAGUGGGGAAACGCAUGAAGUCAAUGUCAUUUCUUGAGUUAUUUUUCGAAAAUUACUCUCUGCUGAUGUACUGAGUUCAACCGAUGAAUUCUCAGUCAUAAUUCUUAAAUGAAAAUGGCAUUUUCUCUUCCAACUAUUGACUUCAUCCGGUUAUUCUCUUUCGAACUGAUCCAAAAUCACUUAAUUAUGCCCACACAUUAAUAUUCAAUAAUACGUUAAAAUUGCGUUCAAUCACCGACCCUUUGGCAAACAAAAAUACAAAAUUUGAGUAGUUGCGUACGGAGAUAUUGUAAGUAGUUUUACAUAUAAAAGAAUCUAUAUAAAUAUAUAUAUAUAAAUAUAUAUAUAUAAUAUCUGUCACACCGUGUAGAUGAUUCGCAUUCCAGCAUCUAGGUUUUUAAUGAAAAAAUUUAAAGAAAGAAAUACAUUAAUUUUAUCAAA